AUGUCGUCUUCGCUGAGCAAAGGCUUUGAGCUAACACCACAAGAAAAAGGAGCCAGCGACGAAAAGUCUGACGGUCAGAUUAUCGACGUUCAAACUGUUACAGAAGCGCAGAUUGGUGUUAUUCACAAUGACAGGUCUAAGCUGAAGCAAGGCUUGAAAGAGCGUCACAUUAAAAUGUUGACACUGGUAGGUGUUUUUGGUACGGGGCUCUUUCUGUCGUCAGGAGGCACCCUGCAUAAAACAGGUCCCGCUGGGAUGUUCAUUGCCUACCUUGUUGUCGGUAUCGUUGUUGGGUGCAACCAAAUAGCCAUCGCUGAGGUGGCUUCUUUCAUGCCGGCAACCGGUGCCACUAUCAGACAUGCAGAACGAUUCAUUGACGAAUCUAUUGGCUUUACAUUUGGAUGGAUCUCGACCUACUCCUCUAUGAUGCCCGGCGAGCUGUCUGCCACCGCAGUUGUCAUGAAGUAUUGGACGGACUUGAACUCGGGUGUUUUCAUCACUAUCUUUGGAGUGCUCUUUGUUUUAACCAACAUUUACACGGUAAGGUUCUAUGGUGAAGUGGAAUACUUUUUUGGUUGGCUCAAGGUUAUUUUGAUUCUCAUUUUGAUCGUGACAGGCCGGGUUAUAGACCUAGGCGGCACCAAGGGCCAGGAAAGAUUGGGGUUCCACUACUGGAGAGAUCCUGGGCCCUUUGCAACCUACCUGGUCGAUGGUAGCAUUGGAAAGUUUGUAGGGUUCUGGUCAGCGCUUUCUUCCGUUGUCUAUUCUUACAGUGGGAUCCAAAAUAUUGCUAUCCUGGCUGGUGAAACGAAAAACAGCAGACACGCGAUCUUCCACGGCGCAAAAAAUGUUUUUACUCGCAUCAUCGUGUUAUACCUCUUGGCUGUCCUGAUUCUGACCAUGAUCGUUCCUUACAACGACGAACUUAUUGCCACGGGUACUGGUACUGCCAAGUCCAGUCCGUAUGUCAUUGCCAUGAACCGUGCAGGGAUAAAGGUUUUACCCCAUAUUAUCAAUGCAAUUGUUCUGACGUCAGCUUGGUCUGCAGGUAACCUGGCCCUUGUGGAAGGUUCCCGGAACUUAUUUGCUUUGGCCACCAAAAACCAGGCUCCAAAAAUUUUUCUCAAAACCAACAGGCGCGGGAUUCCUUGGGUUGGAAUUCUGUUCAUAUCUGCAUUUUUGCCACUCGCUUAUAUGUCUUGUUCGGAGUCGUCUUCGAAAGUCUUCAGCUGGUUUCAAGAAUUGGUUUCUUCAAACACGCUGCUGCGUUGGAUUUUAAUUUCCGCAAACCACAUCCACAUGGAUAGAGCAUUGAAAGCACAAGGAUACUCGAGAUCAGAUCUACCCUACCAUACUCGCAUUGCCCCGUUUGCAGCGUGGUUUUCUGGUAUUAUGUCUGUAAUCUUUUUGUUGACGGGAGGUUUCUAUAACUUCAUUCAUGGGCAUUUCGACAUUGAAUCCUUUUUCACUCGAUACUUCAUCAUUCCAUUGGCUAUUGGCUUGUUUACCUUUUGGAAACUUUUCAAGAAGACGAGAUAUUUGCGUCCACACGAGGUUGAUCUCAAGUCGAUCUUCGAAGACAUCGAGCAAACCCUGAGGAUAUUCCAUCUGAGCGCCCCCUUGGUAAGAGGAUUCUCAGUAUCUUGA